AUGAAUGACAAGCUCGUGGAAACUGUCCAUGCGGUCGGAGCUAAGUUCUGCAAGACCGGCCGCAGAAGAACACAAAAGCUCUCCGAUCACACUCUUAAUCUCAUGGCUGUUAGACGAAAGAUGAGGCUGCAAUCGUCAACAGAUUUGACAGCAUACAGGCAACUGAACAGACAGAUCUCCAAAUGCAUGCGGCGAGACUUACGCAAAUUUAAUACUGCUCGUAUUGAAGAAGCGAUUGAGCGGAACCAGGGCUCCAAAGUCUUUGCCAGAGAUCUGUCUGCCAGUAAGAGCCAACUGUCAAAACUGAAGACUGAGUGUGGCAGCAUCGUUUCCGGGACACCUGAGAUUCCGAGUGAGAUUGAGAGGUUCUAUGGGCAGCUGUACACAUCAUCGUUGGAGCCACACGCAAGUGUGAGUAACGAUCCAAGAGCGGGUCUUAUCCAACGCUAUUCCGAUGAUAUCCCGGACGUCAGUCUGAGCGAGAUUAGAAUGGCUCUCCAGCACCUUAAAAACGGCAAGUCCCCGUGCGAGGAUGGAAUUACAGCGGAGCUUCUGAAAGCGGGUGGAAAACUUGUACUUGAAGUCCUUCAUAGGCUCUUUAAUUCCGUCCUCCAUGGUGGCACUACUCCGGAGGCGUGA